AUGGCUCGUCCAUACUCCACCGCCAGUGAAGACAUGUACACAGCAUCUUUUGCCUUUUUCGAGGCUAUCUGGGAUGCUGGUAUAACACAUUGCUUCGUAAACCUGGGUACAGACCAUCCUAGUAUCAUUGAAGCCAUGGUUAAGGGACAGCGUGAGAAGAAAGGCCAAUUUCCUAAGAUCAUUACAUGUCCUAAUGAGAUGGUUGCCAUGUCUAUGGCUGAUGGAUAUGCCAGAUUAACAGGCAAACCUCAAUGUGUCAUCGUACACGUCGAUGUCGGAACUCAAGGUCUCGGCGCAGCUGUCCACAACGCUUCAACAGGCCGUGCACCAGUGUUAGUAUUCGCCGGUCUAUCACCAUUCACACAAGAAGGCGAACACCGCGGAAGUCGAACAGAGUACAUCCACUGGAUCCAAGAUGUCCCAGACCAAAAGCAAAUUAUCUCUCAGUACUGUCGAUACACGGGAGAGAUCAAGACGGGAGCCAACGUUAAGCAAAUGGUCAACCGCGCUUUGCAAUUCGCUACUUCAGAUCCUCAAGGACCCGUGUAUCUGUGUAGUGCACGAGAGAUCCUUGAGGCUGAUCUUAAGCCUUAUUCGCUUAAGCAAGAGCACUGGGAGUCUGUUGAACUUGGUGGGCUCCCUACAAGUGCUGUUGACAGAAUUUCUGAAGCUCUCGCCGGUGCAAAGGCUCCUUUGCUUGUGACGGGAUACAGUGGACGAAACCACAAGAUUCCCGCCGCACUUGUGGAAUUGGCAGAUAAGGUCAAGGGUCUUCGGGUUUUGGAUACUGGUGGUUGCGAUAUGUGCUUCCCUGCAGAUCAUCCCGCUUGGCUGGGUCUCAAGUUUGGCGUUGACGACGCUGUUACUACCGCUGACACAAUUAUCGUCCUGGAUUGCGAUGUACCCUGGGUUCAGACGCGGUGCAAGCCUAGAGAGGAUGCAAAGAUCUUGCAUAUCGAUGUUGAUCCUCUGAAGCAGCAGAUGCCUACUCAUUACAUCCAAGCUGAUGCGCGGUACAAGGCUGAUGCUUUGACAGCGGUGGAACAGAUCAGUCAAGCCCUUGACAAGAAGGAAUUCGCUAGCAAGCUCGAGUCCAACGCAGAGGCAGAGAAGGAGCGUGCAGAGAUCCACCAGAAUAAACUGGCUACCAUCGCCAAGGCCGCUGAACCUCUUGCGGACGGUAGUUUCGGCACUGGACACCUCAGCAAGAAGCUCAAAGAUCUCUGUCCAGAAGAUACCAUCUGGGCUAUUGAAGCCGUUACAAACACAGGCUUUGUCCACGAUAAUGUGCAGCCCACGAUUCCUGGAUCAUGGAUUAACUGUGGUGGCGGUGGUCUCGGUUGGUCUGGUGGCGGUGCACUGGGUAUCAAGCUGGCGACAGAUGCUGAGAACGGCGGCACCAACAAGGGCAAGUUUGUUGUGCAAAUUGUAGGAGAUGGAACAUAUCUCUUCACAGUCCCCGGAAGUGUAUACUGGAUUUCAAGACGAUACAAGAUUCCAGUGUUGACUAUUGUGCUCAACAACAAGGGCUGGAACGCUCCCCGUAGAUCUCUACUGCUCGUCCAUCCCGAUGGUCUCGGCUCAAAGGCGACAAAUGAAGAGAUCAACAUCUCUUUUGACCCAGUGCCUGAUUACGCUGGUAUUGCAAAGGCUGCAGCAGGUGGAGAUAUUCACGCUGCGAGGGUUGACAAGGCGUCGGAUUUGGAAAGUGUGCUAAAGGAAGCUAUCGCCAAGGUUCAAGCUGGACAAACGGCAGUUGUAGACGUCAAGGUUGCGCCGGAUUGCUAG